AUGGCGCCAUUCGUUAUUCAGCCGCCGGAUGCCUUCAACGUUUCGUCGCCGAACGAGUGGUCGAAGUGGAAACAGCGUUUUGAACGUUUGCGAACCUCUUCAGGCUUGUGCGUGAAGCCCGAGCAACAUCAAGUAGACGCCCUAAUCUACAUCAUGGGUGAGCAAGCCGAGGAAAUCUACGCCACCUUCGCUUUAUCUGAAGAGAACUCCAAGAAAUUCGACGCCGUCGUGGAGCAGUUCGACGAGUAUUUUAUUCCGCGACGCAACGUAAUCUUCGAACGAGCCAGAUUCAGCACCCGACUGCAACAAGAUGGUGAGUCGGCCGAAGAUUUCGUCACUGCGCUUCACACGCUUUCGAAAGAUUGCGAGUUCAGUGCUCAUCGAGAGGAGUUCGUGCGCGACCGCCUCGUGGUUGGGAUAAAAGACAAGCAUCUAUCCGCCAGGUUACAGCUCGACGCAGAGCUCACACUACAAAAGGCUCUUAAUUCCGUACGCCAGAUCGAGAGUGUCCGUCAGCAACAAGCGGAGCUCCACCAGGAAGUGCCAUCUUUAAACAAAGUUGCAUCCGGUGCGCGGACCAGUCGACGUGCUUGA